CCUCUCAUGAUUCAUCUUUUCCUUCCGAAUGACCACCUUAGUUUCCUUCUGCAAGUUUUUAAAUGCUCCUUAAUCCUCUAUCUUUCCACUAGCUCUGACUUCCUGUAAAGGGGGUUUCUUUUUUUUUCUUUGUUACUGUUGGGAAAGGGUUUCCUUUUGUUAACUAGCAGGAAUGCUAAUUUACUGAUAACGAGAAUGGUAUUUCUUUGUAAACCAAAUGGGGAUUAAUGUUCUUUCUUCUGAGUCUGUAAGCUUUUGUUGACGGGCUUUUGGGGAGAUCGGCGCGAGGGUGUCGAGAGAGAGGACGCAAUGCUCUAAGCUGGGCGAGGAUCGGACCCCAAAGGGGGGUCCGAGGCCGGGAGAUUCUCCGAGGAGGGGGGGGGGAUGAAGCUAGAUGUGCUUGGUUGACCACUCGGAGGGUCCUGAGCUGUUUGGAGAGUCGAGGAGUUCGGAGGGGAUCGAAUGGUGGCCAGAAGACUUCAGUAAUUGAGCUCCAACGGCUGUGCACGAAGUGGUUUGGACUUUGAUAAGUUUGGCGCCUUUUCUUUAAUUUUCUCUUCAUAUAUACUGUAUCGUUAUUAAUCACUUAGUUAUAGUAACCUUUAUAAAUUGUACUCAUUUAAUCGCAUAUGGUGUACUGUCUGUUUGUGGGCGAGGCGGGGACAUCACACAGCAUCCACACCAGCUGAUUACCCAGUUUGGCGGGGCCGAAGGCUGCUCCCUUAGACGAAACGAGCUGAGCCAGCCUGAGGCGACCCAGGGGGUUACAUUGUGGGGUGCUCGUCCGGGAUUGAUUUCUGUGGAGGCUGUGUGAUCACCCUAUUUAAAUUGUGUCUGCGGCGAAGAGCUGGUGUGCCUUUGUGGGUGUGUGAUUGCUGGUUAUCGCUGCAUGUGUGUUGGGUGGGGUGGCUGCUGUUGUUAGCCUCGAGGUCGUUGUUCGAGUUCCGACUAGUGCUGACGAAAUGGUGGUGGGACCAUGGGUUGUCCGUACUGUUUGGAGAUUGAGGAGUGACAGGUUGGGAUGUUUCAGUAGUGGUGAGCUCCGCCCGGUUAUUAGAAUAAUGUCCAGCCCUAAAGGGGCGGAGGCGUGGGCGGAGCGGAACUCUCAGUUGUUGGGUGAGUGGCAGUGCUUGGCUGAGGAAAAGCGACAGGGAUGGGUUGAAAGUUUGAGUAGGCGGGCUGGUGACUUUGUUAGAACUGUCAGGCGCAAUUACCUCGAACUGACCGCUGCCAGUUUUGGGAAAGUGUGGGAAAAUGCGUGUGGUUCGACUGGAAGUCAAAUGCCGCAGCUGGGGGGCUUAUUAUAUCUGUGGCAGGAGAUUGGUGGGAAGUUUUUAGGGUAUCCCUUUUUGCCUAGGGGGGCAGAUAAAUUGCUUGUGGUGCCAAGGGGAUCUGUCAAGGGGAUUAGUUGUUCCGUUGAUUCGAGAGGUGUCAGGAAACUUAGAGGAGGCCCAGUGGGGGAUCGGCUUGGGGUCUCUGGGGGAGCACGUUCCCAGCAAUGUACCAAGGAACUGCCGAAAGGAACAGACCCUAUUCCUGAAGGCUUAGAGGGGCCAUGUGCACAGGUGUUGUUACGGAUGGAUGGAAGUCAAGCUAAAGCCAUCCUCGGCACCGGGGCGCCAGUGAAGUUGCUGUACAGUUUGUUUCAUAACCGUUAUUGGAAGCAUUUACCCUUGACAACAUUGAGGACACUGGAGAUUCGGGGUACCAGUGCCGGUGAUUAUCCAGACAACGGUUGUUGGUCAGUGAAAAUGGAGUUCUUAGAGGCAAAUGUGGAGGAGACUGAGGUUCAUGAAUCGUUAAUGCAGAUGUGUCCAAACCCUGUUGAGACGGGCAGCGUUUCUGUUCUAGAGAGAACCAAAAUCCUGCUGGUGCGCUUGGGAGCCUGCCCGGAGGAGGCGGGUGAGCGCUGUUUGGAGGCAUUGUCGAUACUCCCAGGGUUUCGAGCUGCUUGUGCGGACGUGUGUAGCAGCAUUGGGCUGAUACCGAAUUCAAACGAGCCAGUGGCGGUACGGCCUGGGGGAAGUAUCUGAGGGUGAGACCCUCUUAGUGGACGCUGUGAAAUACCAUGAGGGAGGGGAGUUGACUGCUGAAGACACCUCGGAGAGAGAGAGGUUGCGGCGACUGGCCCCUACAGCUGUGGAAGAUCUAGGCAGCGUGUGUAUGGAUUAUAUUGCGUUGAAGAGGCGCACUGUCAGUGACCAGAAUAUGGCCCUGAGGGCCAGAGAGGCGAUGGCCUGUCUGAGUGGUGUGAAGUGGUUUAAGGUGCUGGAUCUGAGGAGUGGAUGUUGCCAGAUCCCGAUGAGUGAGGCCAACAAGGCGAAGACGGCCGUUAUAAAUUCCCUAGGAGUCUUCGGGUCCGAAAAGAUGCCACAGGGCAUAUCUGGAGCCCUUGCAACCUUCCUGUGGGGCAGGUGGAAGACCAUAGGGGAUGUGGAGGCGUUUGGAGUUUUGGUGUAUGUGGAUGAUCUCUUGGUAUUUGGAUUUGCCUCAGGAGAAUAUGAAGUGAGGUCGUUGCAGGAGCAGCUGAGAACUACCGAGUUAAAGUGUUUUCGGGACACGUGCCAGGGCUGGCGAAGGUCGCAGCUCGUGAGAGACUGUCUCUACGGAAUCAAGUUUGAAAUGAAGACGGAGAGACUGGAGAAAGUGAUCUGGAACCAUUCGGAAGACUUACAAGUUGGAGAGAAUGAAGAAAGUUGUCUGACUGAGGGUAAUAGCAAACUGAGAACCCGGAGAGGGGAGUUUGCAGAGGUGAAGAAAUUACAGACGAAUCUCAGAAGAGAGAAGCGGAAGCUUGAAGGGAACCUGAAGAUGACCAUCGACAGUUCAAAUGAAGUGCAAAACCUGAAAGUUGAUCUGGAAGAAGUCAUGAGGAAGAAAAAGCUGGAGAGAAGUGCAGUGAAUACUGAAUAGGAGGUUGAAGAGACUGCGGGAGCAGUGCAGGCCACGUGUUUCCAUUUGGAGAAGAUCAAACAGCAGCUACCGAUCACAGGAAUGAGGAAGAAUACAGAUUCGAUGGAUGAUGUGCUGGAUGUGUGGUACAUGCUGCCUUUUGCUGACUUUCCCUCGAUUGAGGAAGAGACCUUUGGCCCUUCUCCCAUUGAGUCAGGUGUAGCGGGGAGGGUUAGCUGUGUGCAGUGUGGGGCAUGAGUGAGAGGUUGAGAGAGGAGUUGGUAGUGGGCCCAAGGUAUCCCCAGUUGUGUCCGAGCCUGAAGGGUUUAGGUGAGGGGGUACGGAGGCCUCAGAAGGGUUAGGGAACUCCCAGAUAGUUGGCCUAAGUAGCGCCUGAGGAACAGGGCGUGAGGGUUACUGUGUGGGGAGGAUAUGUCACUGUUUGUGCUUGGGUUACGGUGUGUUGGCAGGAAAGGUGGCGAGUUAUUUAGUAGUCAUGAGGACAUGACUUUUAUUUGGUGGAGGAAGUGUGUAAAGGGGGUUUCUUUUUUUUCUUUGUUACUGUUGGGAAAGGGUUUCCUUUUGUUAACUAGCAGGAAUGCUAAUUUACUGAUAACGAGAAUGGUAUUCCUUUGUAAACCAAAUGGGGAUUAAUGUUCUUUCUUCUGAGUCUGUAAGCUUUUGUUGACGGGCUUUUGGGCAGAUCGGCGCGAGGGUGUCGAGAGAGAGGACGCAAUGCUCUAAGCUGGGCGAGGAUCGGACCCCAAAGGGGGGUCCGAGGCCGGGAGAUUCUUCGGGGGGUGGGGGGAUGAAGCUAGAUGUGCUUGGUUGACCACUCGGAGGGUCCUGAGCUGUUUGGAGAGUCGAGGAGUUCGGAGGGGAUCGAAUGGUGGCCAGAAGACUUCAGUAAUUGAGCUCCAACGGCUGUGCACGAAGUGGUUUGGACUUUGAUAAGUUUGGCGCCUUUUCUUUAAUUUUCUCUUCAUAUAUACUGUAUCGUUAUUAAUCACUUAGUUAUAGUAACCUUUAUAAAUUGUACUCAUUUAAUCGCAUAUGGUGUACUGUCUGUUUGUGGGCGAGGCGGGGACAUCACACAGCAUCCACACCAGCUGAUUACCCAGUUUGGCGGGGCCGAAGGCUGCUCCCUUAGACGAAACGAGCUGAGCCAGCCUGAGGCGACCCAGGGGGUUACAUUCCUUUUAUGCCCUCUCUUUUGCUUUUACUUUGGCUCUGACUUCACUUGUCAGCCACGGUGUUGUCCUCCUUCCCUUUGAAAAUUUAUUCUUAUUUGGAAUAUAUCUG